AUCAUAGGGUACCUAAAUAGCAGACACAAGACAAACUCUUUCUCACAUACACACACACUUCUUAAACAAGACACAAAAUGGGUUCCAAGUCUUCUUGUUUUUUCAUUGUGUUUGUGUUGGUUUUUGUUUCUUCAUUAUCAUCAUCAUUGGCUGCAGCAAUAGCCCGAAUUCAUAGUAUUCCUGACAUUGAAGAGUUUAAUUUCGUUAUCUUGAGAUUGCGUGACAAGGACUGGAUGGGAGUGUUUCUAUUCAAUAACAGUGAUUACCAACAUCAAGGUUAUCAAGAUAUUUGUCAGAAGCAUACUAUUGAACUUCAACAACAAGUUCACUGCUUCAGAAUCAAUACAGAAACAUUUUCGGAUAAGGAUAUCGUAAAAGUAUUUAAUAUUACAUAUUUCCCAACUUUCCGCUUCCAUAUUCAAAACCGUCAAACUUUCGGUCCUAUACGAGUUAUGGGAUGGGUUCCUCAAGCGAUUGAAUAUAUGAUCAACAUAUACCUUCAUAGACACGAUGUUACAGUGGCUGCUGCUGCUGAAUGAGCGAACACGCGGAUGCCAAAAAAGACGAAAAUGAUGAUGAUGAUGAUGUACCAGGCUAGUCGUUCUUAAUUCUUAAAAAUAACUGGCUCGUUCCAGUGUGUCAUUUAUGUUAUUGUAUUUAAAAUAUAUUUAUCAUGUUUGUAAUAAGGCUAGCUACCUAGCUAGCUAGUAUGCCGUUCCGUGUGAUACUUUUUAUGUUAUGUAUGGUAUUGUGUUUAAGUAAAUGCGGUUGAAAUAAUAAUUAUAGUGGAUAUUUUGUGAACUUA